AUGUUUCAUCUUCUGUUACUCUUUUAAAUUGCUGAAUUAUAUAUCAGAUGCUAAAUGCAAUAACUUUAUGAAAAUUUCAACUCACAAUAUAUAACCAAUUUGGAUGAUUGGAAAUGCAAAAAUUCAUUUAAACCAUAGGUUUAUAAAUGUAAAAGCGGAAUGGAUUUGAUAAGGGUUGAUAAACUUUGUGAGAAAAUUACUUCUGAAAUUUAACACAUUUUACCUCAUUAUUAAGUCUAAAUAUAUAUAGAUGUAUAUUGUUAUGGAGGAUUAGAUCCUGAUGACUAUUUAGCUAUCACAAUAGAUGCAUAAAAUAUUUGGCAGACAGAAACUUCUUAUCUUCCAAAGAAUUAGUAACCAUUGGGAAUAUCUCAUUAAUGCAAAGAUUUUGCACAUGAUAAAAAUUAUUAAAUACGCAAAACUGUUUAUAAGGAGAUCUCCCAUUCUUCAGAGAUUCUUAAAAUAGAACUAUAGAGCACCAUAUCUGGGGAAUUCUAAGAUGAAUCAUAUUUAUUUAGAAAUUUAUAAAUCUUAUAUAAAGAAUGCUAUAAGACAUGUAAAACUUGUGUGCAGGAAUCAAAAGAUAGAUGCUCUUUAUGUUAUGAUAACAUACAUCUAAUUUCUGGAACUUGUAUGUCUUGUUAAGACUAGAUUAAUUUGACAUUUCUGUAAGUCUCAAAAGGAUGUGUUAUUCAAUGUCCAGAUGAGCAUGAUUAUGACUUAGAUAAAGUGUGUUAUAAAAAUGAAAGUACUAUUAUUUUAAUUUUGUAGAAUUGAAAUCUUAUGUAGAUUCAGAUUUAAUUAAAAGUUAAGAAGGAUACAAGAUAUCCGGUAAUUUAGAUACGUCUGCUAUAUUAUUAAGAAUAACUAUUACAAUAGAAAUAAUGAAUACCAAUUUUUUUAAUGUUUUACUUAAUGGAGUGCAAAUAGCUUCGAUUAGUAGAUACAGAAUAAGAUAAGAACCAGGAUCUAAAUCAAAUUACUUAAGCAGGAUUAAUAAUGAAAUUAUGGUUGAAAUUAACAAACCAAUUAGUGUCAAUAAUUUUAAUAUUGAAAUUGUGAAAUUCCAGCAUUUAUCAAAAAUUCCAACAUUUAAGGUAUAAUAUUUAGUUUGUGCCUUGAAGUGCUAAGUGUGUAAAAAUAACAAAACUUGUAAAGUCUGUAAGGAUAAUUAUUACUUUUAUAAUGGAUUAUGUUUUACUAGUUGCCCAGAUUACACCGUAUCGUAAGACAAACUUUGUGUUAUUCCUAAUGAAAUAGUGGACUAGAUUGAAGAUAAACAAGAAAUAUUUUUAGUGAAAGAAUUUUAUGAUCUAUCAACUAGUAAAAAAAGAAUAGAUGAAUUAUUUACAUUAGUUAGCCUUGAGAGUAGUGCUAUUAAGUAAUAUAAUUUUUAGAAAGGAGAUGAUAUUUACUUCUCAUAUUUUCAAAAUAGAAGAAUAUUUGGAGGACCUUAUGUUUGGGUGAAUGCUUAGUUUAAGUUCCAUUUAGAUCUUGAGAACAUAUAGUAAACUGUUUAUGUUAAAUUUCAACUAAUUCUAGGUGAUUAAUACUUGUCUAGAAGUUAAUUUCAUUACACAAUUAACUCAAAACCAAAGGUAACAUUGAGGAUUAACAAUAAUUAAAAUUUGAAAGAAGAUCAAAAUUGGGAUGAUCAGUAUGUUACCGAUAUAAUUUCUGUGAGAGAAAAAGUAGAGUAUUCAGAUGGAGAUAUUAAACAAUUAAACAUAAUUUUCCAUUGUGACAAUAAUUUUAAUAAUGCUAAUUCAACAUUUUGUGGUAUUAAAGAUAUGUUCAUUUCUGUUUUGAAACCAAUAUAAGAUGAUAUUGAUUAAUUUGAGUAGAAUUAGAUUAAAAGUGCAGUGAUGGAGGAUCUAAUAUCAAUAUGUGGUGAUGGAAUAACUUCUGAAGAUGAGGAUUGUGAUGAUGGUAAUCUCAUUCCAUUUGAUGGGUGCUUUAAUUGUAAGUACUCAUGUGAAGAAUUAUGCUAAUUCUGUGUUAAAGGUGAAUGUUUACUAAUGCUAGAAUUACAAUCAAAUUAGAUAUUAAUAUAUUAUUCGAAUAUAAUAGAUAUGCCACCUGAAUUACAUUUAGAAUAGUUUAUUAAUUGUGAAAAUUUAGUUUAAGGGUUAUGUUUGUAAUGCAAUUAUGGAUAUUAUAUGAAUUAUAUUAACAAUUUAUGUGAAUCAAUAUGUGGAGAUUCAAUAAUUUAAGGAUUAGAAUAAUGUGAUGAUGGUAAUGUUGAUAAUUAUGAUGGAUGUUCAAAUUGUUAAUUAAUUUAAUAUGAAAAUUGUGAAAUGUUAUAAACAUGUGCAGUUUGUUAUUAUGGUAAAUGUAUAAAAUGUAAUGAUGGAUUUACAUUAGAAAUUGAUAGAUGUAUUUCUAUUUGCGGAGAUGCAUUAAUUAAUUAACAAGAAGAAUGUGAUAAUCCGAACUAAUAAGGAUGUAGUGAUUGUUAAAUCCAAAAAGGUUAUGUUUGUCAUGGUCCCAGCUAUUCAAUUUGUAAGACGUGUGGAAUGUAAUGUAAAGAAUGUUAAAGUAUAAAUUAAUUGGAUCUAAUAUGUAUUGAUUGUAUGUCAGGCUUUUAUUCAGUUUUAGAUUAAUGCUUGUAAUGUGAUAUUAAUUGUAUCACUUGUUAAGACUAAUCAAAUUUAUGUACAUCAUGCUAUAGAAAUGAUUGUGAGUUAUGUGAAUCAAUCCCUGGUUAUUAUACUGAUUUCUAGAAUAAAAUUUGUAUUACCAAAUGUGGAGAUGGAAUAGUUGCUUAAGAAGAAGAGGAUUGCGAUGAUGGAAAUUUAGAAGAUGCUGAUGGUUGUGACUCUCAAUGCAGAAUUGAGUUAUCAGAAGACUUUAUUGAUAAUUUAUAAAUUUGGCAAUUAAAUUCGAAUAAUGCUUAUGAUCUUUACCUUAAUAAGUCCUAAUAUAAAUUAGUAUUAAAUUGUUAGGAUCCUAUAAUCACAAUUGAAGGUAUGUAAACAACAGAUUUCAUAUAUAACAUAUCCGCUUAAAAUAAUAUAUGCACCAUUCAAUUCCAAUUCUUUAAAUCUAUAUUCAAGUAUAAUACUAUUUAUAUCUAACUCACCUUUUCAUUCGAAAAAAAUAGAUUACUAUUAGAUGAAAAUAUUUAAACAAUUAAUUUCAAAAUUUAACCUAAUGAAUAAAUCUUAAUGGAUGAGAAGUAAAAAUAAUUAGCUUAGUAAAUUUCAAAUGCUUAAACAACUUUUAAUUUUAUUUUUCUUAUUUUGAUUCCAGUGUCCAUAAUUUUACACCUUUAUGACUACUUGUGGGCGAUAUUAGAAAUUUUAAGUUGGGUUAAUAAUUUUUAUUUUUUAAAUGUUCGUUACCCUUUUAAUGUAGAAAUGUUUUUUUUGAAUUCUGAUUGGUCAUCCUUUGUUACUUUUCCAACUUAUCAAGGAUUAAAUUAACCUGAUUGUUCUUAUUACUUUUAAGCUCCGUAAAAAUUCUAAAAUAAAGGGAUAGAUCCACUGUUCUUUAAUAAUAUUUAGAUUCCUUUUAUGUUUAUUUUUAUUACUUUCCUCUUAUACAAAAUAAAUUUCUUAAUCUUACAAUUCUUUAACACCAUCAACUAAUACAAAAACAAAAAUCAUAUUCAAAACAAUCAUAAACACUUUAGUAUUUUUAAUUUACAAGUCAUAAAGAAAGCUUAGAAUAGUUUUGUUUAAUAACCAUAAACUAAAAAUUACAUAUAAAAUAAUAGCUUAUUACAUCAGAUAAUCAAUGGAUUGAUUAUUAUGGAUAAGGAGUUGAAAAAUAAGUUAAAAUAAACUCUUUCAUUGUGCUUGCUUGAUAUUACAUUAGCUAUUAUGCUUUAAAUUACUUUCUCAAAUAAGAAGUAACACAUAAUUGUUGAUUUAAAUUAAUUUUUUGCUGUAAUUUCUGUUAGUAUCAUUUUGUUUUAAAUUUACCAGCAAUACAAAACACUUAAUUUACAUACAUUACUUGCAGAAAAUAAAUAAUACAAAGAAUAAUUCCAGGUUUAUUAUGAAAAUGUCAAUACAAAAGAAUCAUUUGGAUAUUAUUUUAAAUUCUUUGGAUUAAUUCGAAAAAUUUUAUAUAUCUAUUUUAUGGUCUAUUAUUAUAAUAUACCUAUUGUUUAAACAUCAUUAUGUUUUAUUUCAACUUCAGUUGGAGUAAUGUUUAUUUUAUACAAAAAUCCCUAUAAUACUAAGAAAGAAUUUUAUUAAUAGCUUAUAACAGAACUUAGUUUAAGCUUAAUAUUAUUGAUUGCAGUCAUAUUUUCAAUAAAUGAUACAAAAGAAAUUGCCUUUAUGAAACAAAUUAAAGUGAACUUAGGCUGGGCUAUAAUUUCUUUUGUCCUAUUAGCAAUCCUUGUUUAGCUAUUUGGAUUAACAUAUGAAUUCAUAGUCAAUAUCUAUUAAGCAAUUUUGAAAAUGUAAAAUUAUUUCUAAAAUUUAAAUAAAAAUAAAAUUGAAUAAUACGACAACAAAAUUCUUGAGAAUACAGAUAGCUAAAAUGCCCAAGGUAAUAUAAAAUAAUUGAAACAAAUUAGAAAAACAAGUGAAUCCUUAUUCAUAACUAAUUUAUGAAAUAAUAUUUAAUUAUUCAAUUCAAUUUUAGAUUUCAAAUUCUGCGUUUAAAUUACUUCUCAAUGAAUUUUAUUUCAAAUUUUUCUAAAAAUGA